AUGUUUCCUGUUAUAUUUUUAGCGCAAAACAUUUUUUUUCUUCGCUUCCCUUUUUAUAUCUUCUUUUUUAUCCUUUUUUCUUUCUUUCUUCACUUUCUCUAUUCUUUUCUUUUUCCUUACUUUUUCUAUAUCGUUCCUAUUUCACUAUUCCUUUCCUUUUUUCUCCCCCCCUCUAUCUCUAUUUCUUUUCAUUUUUUUUCCCCCCUCUCUCUCUCUCUUCUUUUCAUUUUCUUUUCCCUCCUCUCCUUUAUUUUUCUUUUCUUUUCUUCUCCCCCUCUCUUUUUUCUCUCUGUUUCUUUCAUUUUUCUUUCUUCAGUUUCUUUAUUUUCUUUUCUUUCUUUUUUCUUCAAUCUUUCUUUUUCUUUUUCUUUUUUUCCAUUUCUUUUUUUAUUUAAUCUUUUACUUUUCUUUCUUUUCUUAUCUUUUUUUUUUCGUUUCUUUUUUUCUUUUUCUUUUUUUCAUUUUUUUGAUUUUUUUUUUUUUUUCUUUUACUUUUCUUUCUUUCUCUUUUUUAACGUCUGUUUCAUUAUUCCCAUUUCUUGCUUUUUCUUUUUUCCUUUUUCUUUCUUUUCACGCCCUUUAGUUUUCUCUUUUUCUUUUUUCUUCUUUUACUUUUUUUUCUUUUUCUUUUUUUUAACGUCUGUUUUUAUUCCCAUUUUCUUGCUUUUUUCUCUUUUUUCUUUCUUCUUCACGCCCUUUUUUUCUCUUUUCUUUUUUUUUCUUUUUACCUAUUUUUUGUCUUUUCUUUUUUUUUCUCUUUUUUACUUUUUUCUCUUUUUUUUUUCUUUUUUUUCUUUCUUUCUCUCUUUUUUUAACGUCUGUUUCAUUAUUCCCAUUUUCUUGCUUUUUCUCUUUUUUCCCUUUUCUUUCUUCUUCACGCCCUUUAGUUUUUCUCUUUUCUUUUUUCUCUCUGUUACUUUUCUUUCUUUCUCUCUUUUUUUAACGUCUUUUUUCUCUUUUUUUUUUCUCUCUUUUACUUUUCUUUCUUUCUCUCUCUUUUUUUUAACGUCUGUUUCAUUAUUCCCAUUUUCUUGCUUUUCUCUUUUUUCCCCUUUUCUUUCUUCUUCACGCCCUUUAGUUUUUUUCUCUUUUCUUUUUUUCUCUCUUUUACUUUUUUUCUUUCUCUCUCUUUUUUUAACGUCUGUUUCAUUAUUCCCAUUUUCUUGCUAUUUCUCUUUUUUUCAUUUUCUUUCUUCUUCACGCCCUUUAGUUUUUCUCUUUUCUUUUUUCCUUUUACUUUUUCUUUUCUUUCUCUUUUUUAACGUCUGUUUCAUUAUUCCCAUUUUCUUGCUUUUUCUCUUUUUCCCUUUUCUUUUCUUCUUCACGCCCUUUAGUUUUCUCUUUUUUUUUUCUCUCUGUUACUUUUCUUUCUUUCUCUCUUUUUUAACGUCUGUUUCAUUAUUCCCAUUUUCUUGCUUUUCUCUUUUUCCCUUUUCUUUCUUCUUCACGCCCUUUAGUUUUUCUCUUUUCUUUUUUCUCUCUGUUACUUUUCUUUCUUUCUCUCUUUUUUUAACGUCUGUUUCAUUAUUCCCAUUUUCUUGCUUUUUCUCUUUUUUCCCUUUUCUUUCUUCUUCACGCCCUUUAGUUUUUCUCUUUUCUUUUUUCUCUCUGUUACUUUUUCUUUCUUUUUUCUCUGUUUCAUUUUUUAACUUUUUCUUUUCUUUUUUCUUUUUCUUCCAUUUUUCUUUUUUUCUUUUUCCCUUUUUUUUCUCUUUUCUUUAUUCCCAUUUCUUUUUUUCUUUUUUUUUUCUUUUUCUUUCUUUUUUAACGUCUUUUUUAUUUUUUUUCUUUUUUCUUUUUUCUCUCUGUUUCUUUUUCUUUCUUUUAGUUUUUUUUCGUCUGUUUUUCUUAUUCCCUUUUCUUUUUUCUUUUUUUAACGUCUCUUUUUCCCUUUUCUUGCUUUUCUCUUUUCUUUUCUUUCUUCUUCACGCCCUUUUUUUUUUUUCUUUUUUUCUCUCUGUUACUUUUCUUUCUUUCUCUCUUUUUUUAACGUCUUUUUUCUCUUUUCUUUUUUCUCUCUGUUACUUUUCUUUCUUUCUCUCUUUUUUUAACGUCUGUUUCAUUAUUCCCAUUUUCUUGCUUUUUCUCUUUUUUCCCUUUUCUUUCUUCUUCACGCCCUUUAGUUUUUCUCUUUUCUUUUUUCUUCCUUUUACUUUUCUUUCUUUCUCUCUUUUUUUAACUUUUUCUCUUUUCUUUUUUCUCUCUGUUACUUUUCUUUCUUUCUCUCUUUUUUUAACGUCUGUUUCAUUAUUCCCAUUUUCUUGCUUUUUCUCUUUUUUCCUUUUCUUUCUUCUUCCGCCCUUUUCUUUUUUCUCUUUCUUUUUUUCUCUCUUUUUACGUUUUUUUCUUUCUUUCUUUUUUUUAACUUUUUUUCCCUUUUCUUUCUUAUUCCCUUUUUUUUUUUCUUGCUUUUUCUCUUUUCUUUUUUUCUUUCUUCUUUUUUUCGUCCCUUUAUUAUUUUUUUCUCUUUUCUCUUUUUUUCUUCUUCUGUUUAGUUUUUCUUUUCUUUCUCUCUCUUUUUUUAACUUUCUCUCUUUUUUUCCUGUUUCUUCCCAUUUUUUUGCUUUUUCUUUUUCCCUUUCUUUCUUCUUCACGCCCUUUAGUUUUUUCUUUUCUUUUUCUCUCUGUUACUUUUCUUUCUUUCUCUCUUUUUUUAACGUCUGUUUCAUUAUUCCCAUUUUCUUGCUUUUCUCUUUUCCCUUUUCUUUCUUCUUCACGCCCUUUUUUUUUCUCUUUCUUUUUUCUCUCUUUUUACUUUUCUUUCUUUUUCUCUUUUUUUUAACUUUUUCUCUUUUCUUUUUUCUCUCUGUUACUUUUCUUUCUUUCUCUCUUUUUUUAACGUCAGUUUCAUUAUUCCCAUUUUCUUGCUUUUUCUCUUUUUUCCCUUUUCUUUCUUCUUCACGCCCUUUAGUUUUUCUCUUUUCUUUUUUCUUCCUUUUACUUUUCUUUCUUUCUCUCUUUUUUAACGUCAGUUUCCUUAUUCCCAUUUUCUUGCUUUUUCUCUUUUUCCCUUUUCUUUCUUCUUCACGCCCUUUAGUUUUUCUCUUUUCUUUUCUCUCUUUUACUUUUCUUUCUUUUCUCUCUUUUUUAACUUUUUCUUUUUCCUUUUUCUCUUCUUUACUUUUCUUUUCUUUCUCUCUUUUUUUAACGUCUGUUUCAUUAUUCCCAUUUUCUUGCUUUUUCUUUUUUCCCUUUUUUUCUUUCUUCUUCGCCCUUUAUUUUUAUCUUUUUCUUCCUUUAUUUUUUUUUCUUUUUUUCUCUUUUUCCUUUUUUUCUUUCUUCUUCACGCCUUUAGUUUUUUCUCUUUUCUUUUUUCUCUCUUUUACUUUUCUUUUCUUUUCUCUCUUUUUUAACGUCUUUUUUCUCUUUUCUUUUUCUCUCUGUUACUUUUUUCUUUCUCUCUUUUUUUUAACGUCUGUUUCAUUAUUCCCAUUUUCUUGCUUUUUCUCUUUUCCUUUUCUUUCUUCUUCGCCCUUUAGUUUUUCUUUUUCUUUUUUUUCCUUUUACUUUUCUUUUCUUUCUCUCUUUUUUAACGUCUGUUUCAUUAUUCCCAUUUUUCUUGCUUUUCUCUUUUUUCCCUUUUCUUUCUUCUUCACGCCCUUUUCUUUUUUUUCUUUUUUUUUUUUCUCUGUUACUUUUUCUUUCUUUCUCUCUUUUUUUUUAACGUCUGUUUCAUUAUUCCCAUUUUCUUGCUUUUUCUCUUUUUUCCCUUUUCUUUCUUCUUCACGCCCUUUAGUGUUUCUCUUUUGUUUUUCUCUCUGUUACUUUUCUUUCUUUCUCUCUUUUUUUAACUUUUUUCUCUUUUCUUUUUUCUCUCUUUUACUUUUCUUUCUUUUCUCUCUUUUUUUAACGUCUGUUUCAUUAUUCCCCUUUUUCUUGCUUUUCUCUUUUUUCCCUUUUCUUUCUUCUUCACGCCCUUUAGUUUUUCUCUUUUCUUUUUUCUUCUUUUACUUUUCUUUUCUUUCUCUCUUUUUUAACGUCUGUUUCAUUAUUCCCAUUUUCUUGCUUUUUCUCUUUUUCCCUUUUUUUUUCUUCACGCCUUUUAGUUUUUCUUUUCUUUCUUUUUCUUUCUUUUUUUCUCUUUUUUUCCUUUUUUCUUUUUCUCUUUUUUUUAACGUCUUGCCCUUUAGUUUUUUUUUAUUCCCUUUUUUCUUUCUUUUCUCUUUUUUUUUCUCUUUUUCCCUUUUCUUUCUUCUUUUUCUUUUUUUUCCCUUUAGUUUUUUUUUCUUUUUCUUUUCUCUUUUCUCUUUUCUUUUCUUUCUCUCUUUUUUUAACGUCUGUUUCAUUAUUCCCAUUUUCUUGCUUUUCUCUUUUUUCCCUUUUCUUUCUUCUUCACGCCCUUUAGUUUUUUCUUUUCUUUUUCUUCUUUUACUUUUCUUUCUUUCUCUCUUUUUUUUAACGUCUGUUUCAUUAUUCCCAUUUUCUUGCUUUUCUCUUUUUUCCUUUUCUUUCUUCUUCACGCCCUUUAGUUUUUCUUUUUUCUUUUUCUUCUUUUACUUUUCUUUCUUUCUCUCUUUUUUUUUAACGUCUGUUUCAUUAUUCCCAUUUUCUUAUUUUUUCUCUUUUUCCCUUUUCUUUCUUCUUCCCGCCUUUUAUUUUUCUCUUUUUCUUUUUUCUCUCUUUACUUUUUCUUUCUUUCUCUUUUUAACGUCUGUUUAUUAUUCCCAUUUUCUUGCUUUUUCUUUUCCUUUUCUUUCUUCUUCACGCCCUUUAGUUUUUCUCUUUUCUUUUUUCUUCCUUUACUUUUCUUUUCUUUCUCUCUUUUUUAACGUCUGUUUCAUUAUUCCCAUUUUCUUGCCUUUUCUCUUUUUUCCCUUUUCUUUCUUCUUAACGCCCUUUAGUUUUUCUCUUUUCUUUUUUUUCUCUCUCUGUUACUUUUCUUUCUUUCUCUCUUUUUUAACGUCUGUUUCAUUAUUCCCAUUUUCUUGCUUUUCUCUUUUUUCCCUUUCUUUUCUUCUUCGCCCUUUAGUUUUUCUCUUUCUUUUUUCUCUCUUUUUACUUUUCUUUCUUUUCUCUUUUUUUUUUUCUGUUUUCAUUAUUUUCUUGCUUUUUCUUUCCUCUUUUCUUUCUUUUUUUCUUUUUCCUUUUUCUUUCUUCUUCACGCCUUUAGUUUUCUCUUUUCUUUUUCUCUCUGUUACUUUUCUUUCUUUUCUCUUUUUUAACGUCUUUUUUCUCUUUUCUUUUUUUCUCUGUUACUUUUCUUUCUUUCUCUCUUUUUUUAACGUCUGUUUCAUUAUUCCCAUUUUCUUGCUUUUUCUCUUUUUUCCCUUUUCUUUCUUCUUCACGCCCUUUAGUUUUUCUCUUUUCUUUUUUCUUCCUUUUACUUUUCUUUCUUUCUCUCUUUUUUUAACGUCUGUUUCCUUAUUCCCAUUUUCUUGCUUUUUUCUCUUUUUUCCCUUUUCUUUCUUCUUCACGCCCUUUAGUUUUUCUCUUUUCUUUUUUCUCUCUGUUACUUUUCUUUCUUUCUCUCUUUUUUUAACGUCUUUUUUUCUUUCUUUUUUUUUUUUUCCUUUUAUUCCCAUUUUUCUUUCUUUCUCUUUUUUUUUAACGUCUUUUUCAUUCUUUUUCCCAUUUUCUUGCUUUUUCUUUUUUCUCUUUUUUUUAUUUCUUCUUUUCCCUUUUUUUUUCUCUUUUCUUUUUUUCUCUCCUUUUAUUUUUCUUUUUCUCUUUUUUUUAACGUCUUUUUUUCUCUUUUCUUUUUUCUUCCUUUUACUUUUCUUUCUUUCUCUUUUUUUAACGUCUGUUUCAUUAUUCCCAUUUUUCUUGCUUUUUCUCUUUUUUCCCUUUUCUUUUCUUCUUCACGCCCUUUUUUUUUUCUUUUCUUUUUCUCUCCUUUUACUUUUUUCUUUCUUUUCUCUUUUUUUUAACGUCUGUUUCAUUAUUCCCAUUUUCUUGCUAUUUCUUUUUUUUCCUUUUCUUUCUUCUUCACGCCCUUUAGUUUUUCUCUUUUCUUUUUUCUCUCUUUUUUCUUUUUUCUUUUUUUUUCUCUAUUUCAUUUUCUUUCUUUCUCUCUUUUUUUUAACGUCUGUUUUCCUUCUUUUUCCCAUUUCUUGCUUUUCUCUUUUUUUUCUUUUCAUUUUCUUCCGCCCUUUUUCCUUUUUUUCUCUUUUCUUUUUUCUUCCUUUUACUUUUCUUUCUUUCUCUCUUUUUUUAACGUCUGUUUUUUAUUCCCAUUUUCUUGCUUUUCUCUUUUUUUCCUUUUCUUUUUUCACGCCCUUUAGUUUUUCUCUUUCCUUUUUUCUCUCUGUUACUUUUCUUUCUUUCUCUCUUUUUUUAACGUCUGUUUCAUUAUUCCCAUUUUCUUGCUUUUUCUCUUUUUUCCUUUUCUUUCUUCUUUCGCCCUUUAGUUUUUCUUUUUCUUUUUCUCUCUGUUACUUUUCUUUCUUUCUCUCUUUUUUUAACGUCUGUUUCAUUAUUCCCAUUUUCUUGCUUUUUCUCUUUUUUCCCUUUUCUUUCUUCUUCACGCCCUUUAGUUUUUCUCUUUUCUUUUUUCUUCCUUUUACUUUUCUUUCUUUCUCUCUUUUUUUAACUUUUUCUCUUUUCUUUUUUCUCUCUGUUACUUUUCUUUCUUUUCUCUUUUUUUUAACGUCUGUUUCAUUAUUCCCAUUUUCUUGCUUUUUCUUUUUUCCUUUUCUUUUCUUCUUCCGCCCUUUUUUUUUUUUUCUUUUUCUCUCUGUUACUUUUCUUUUCUUUCUCUCUUUUUUUAACGUCUGUUUCAUUAUUCCCAUUUUCUUUUUUUUUCUUUUUUCUUUUUUCUUCUUCGCCCUUUCAGUUUUCUCUUUUCUUUUUUUUCCCUUUUACUUUUUCUUUCUUUUCUCUUUUUUUUUUUCUCGUCUGUUUCGUAUUCCCAUUUUCUUUUUUUCUCUUUUUUUUUCAAUUUUUUUGCCUUUCUUUUUUCCUUUUUUUUUUCUUUCUUUUUUUUCUCUCUUUUUUAACUUUCUUUUUCUUUUUUUAACGUCUUUUUUUUCUUCCCUUUUCUUCUUUUUCUCUUUUUCCUUUCUUUCUUCUUCACGCCCUUUAGUUUUUCUCUUUUCUUUUUUUCUCUUUUUACUUUUCUUUUUUUUCUCUUUUUUUAACUUUUUUCUCUUUUCUUUUUUCUUCCUUUUUUACUUUUCUUUCUUUCUCUCUUUUUUUAACGUCUGUUUCAUUAUUCCCAUUUUCUUGCUUUUUCUCUUUUUCCCUUUUCUUUCUUCUUCACGCCCUUUUUUUUUUCUCUUUUCUUUUUUCUCUCUGUUACUUUUCUUUCUUUCUCUCUUUUUUUUUAACGUCUGUUUUCCUUAUUCCCAUUUUCUUGCUUUUCUCUUUUUCCUUUUCUUUCUUCUUCCGCCCUUUAGUUUUUUCUCUUUUCUUUUUUUUCUCUCUUUUACUUUUCUUUCUUUUUCUCUUUUUUUUUUUCUUUUUCUUUUUCUUCUUUUUUUUUUCUUUCUUUUUCUCUUUUUUUUUCUUUUUUCCUUUUCAUUUUCUUCUUCUUCACGCUUUCCUUUAGUUUUUUCUCUUUUUUUUUUUCUCUCUGUUACUUUUCUUUCUUUCUCUUUUUUUUUUUUAACGUCUGUUUCAUUAUUCCCAUUUUCUUGCUUUUCUCUUUUUCCCUUUUCUUUCUUCUUCACGCCCUUUAGUUUUUCUCUUUUCUUUUUUUCUCUCUGUUACUUUUCUUUCUUUCUCUCUUUUUUUAACGUCUGUUUCAUUAUUCCCAUUUUCUUGCUUUUCUCUUUUUUCCCUUUUCUUUCUUCUUCACGCCCUUUAGUUUUUCUCUUUUCUUUUUUCUCUCUGUUACUUUUUCUUUCUUUUCUCUCUUUUUUAACUUUUUCUCUUUUUUUUUUCUCUCUGUUACUUUUCUUUCUUUCUUUCUCUCUUUUUUCUGAUUUAUUCCCAUUUUCUUGCUUUUUCUUUUUUUUUCCUUUUCUUUCUUCUUCACGCCCUUUAGUUUUUUCUCUUUUCUUUUUCUCAUCCUGUUACUUUUCUUUCUUUCUCUCUUUUUUAACGUCUUUUUUCUCUUUUCUUUUUUCUUCCUUUUACUUUUCUUUCUUUCUCUCUUUUUUUAACGUCUGUUUCAUUAUUCCCAUUUUCUUGCUUUUUCUCUUUUUCCCUUUUCUUUCUUCUUCACGCCCUUUAUUUUUUUCUUCCCAUUUUCUUCCCUUUUCUCUUUUUUUUUUUCUCUUUUUUUUCCCUUUAGUUUUUCUCUUUUCUUUUUCUUUCUUUUACUUUUCUUUCUUUUCUCUUUUUUUUAACGUCUGUUUCUUUAUUCCCAUUUCUUUGCUUUUCUCUUUUUUCCUUUUCUUUUCUUUCUUCUCCCUUUCUUUUUCUCUUUGCUUCUUUUUCUUUUCUUUCUUUCUCUUUUUUUUAACGUCUGUUUAUUUUCCCCAUUUUUUUUUCUUUCUUCUUUUCUCUCUCUGUUUCUUUUCUUUCUCUCUUAUACUUUUCUCUCUUUCUAUAUUUUUGUCUCUUUGUUUCUCGAAGUAA